GAGUGAAAACCGUUUAAAGUGAGAAUUCAUACAAAUGGCUGUGAGUGAGAGGGAUUUUGUGUGUGGGAUGUUAGAGCGAGAUCAGUAUACUCUCGCUGUGUUGUGAAACCCAAUCAUGCAAGUAAGCCGGGCAGCGGGAGGCGUGGCUUGGCAUUGCAACAACAACAACGCUUGGCUUCGCUCUCUCCUGCUCUGCCGUGCCGUCGAGCCGUCAGUAUGCUAGCAACGUUCGUCCGCUCAAUAGGAUACGGGGAUUCCUGUAGUGAGGUCAAAUCUUGAUAGAAUUUUAGAGUUUAGUCCCGCUGCGUGUGCCGUAUUGUAAACACCAUACUGCUGUGGCUCCUCACAGCGCGCUCCGGAGUGAGUUGUUUCAAGAGUUUCCUAAGGAAGACUACCGCCGUCGCUCCUGCAGCAGGAUUCUGCGGCGCUAACGUGGUGAUCACUCAGCGUGAAGGAGGCGAUUUCUCGGGGUUUCGUGAAGGAUUUUCAGGUGUCGCGUGCGGUCGCGAGUCGUACGUCUCCGUAUCCGGUCGUGAUAAUGAGAUUCAGUGGGUUUCAAGGUUGAAUGUGUAUCAGUGACAGUGGAAGGAGUUGAAGACAUAAACGGGGGUUACAUUGUUAAUGAAGAAAGUAUAGUACUUACCCAGUGACGAAAGAAGUGAAAAGAUUGCGUGUUUGCGUAACAGUGACAAGUUGUUAUCAGUGAAGAAGCUAGGUGUUCUAAAUUCGGUUAUCGAGAUGAUGAUGAAUGCUUUCAUGGACUCCAGUUCGACGGCACAUCACUCUCAUUUGGCAACGUUCGGGAUAAAAAUGUCUCCAGACCAUCUGGAGCAGAGCGACGUUGAAUCUACCAGUACUGGAAGCAUGCUGCCGCCGUCCACGGGAAGUUCCAACGUGCAAAGUGACAUGCUGUCGUCACAGUCCUUCUAUCAAUCAUCGGCUAAUGCGAGCAGUGCGUACAACUCGCAUCAUUUAUCACCGCCUUCGCACAUGAGUCACAUGGCUCCUUAUCACUCGAGGGAUUUCCUCGCCUUGAAGCGUGACAAUGAUUACUUUAGUUCCUCGGCCAGCGCCUCUGCCGACCCAACCUCAUUGUUCCACCAUCCUGCCGUUCAUGACAACUUGAACCAUCACUCGGCCAGUUCGUUGAGUAACCAUCACUUCCAUCAGCACCCGAUGCGAAUGGGUCUGUCGGCAGAUUACGCUCAUCCGUACCACCAGAGUAACUACCCUACGGUUCAUCAUCAGCACUUGGCUAAUCUUCCCGUUAAUCCCGGUACUUCAGGUGCAUUCUUCCGGUACAUGCGUCAUCCGCCGUCGAUCAAGCAGGAGAUGCAAUGCCUCUGGGUAGAGCCGGAUCAUCCUCCGCAUCAUCUUGGCCUCGGCCUGACAGCUCUCAGUGCCGCAUCCAUAGUGGCUGCGUCCGACGGCAGUCGCAAGACGUGCAACCGAGUGUUCCAGUCGAUGCAUGACAUCGUGUCGCAUCUCACGGUGGAUCACGUCGGUGGACCCGAGUGCACAACCCAUGCCUGCUUUUGGCUCGGCUGCACCCGCAACGGACGGCCCUUCAAGGCCAAGUACAAGCUGGUCAACCACAUCCGGGUGCACACCGGAGAGAAGCCGUUCCCCUGUCCGUUUCCUGCCUGCGGCAAAGUGUUUGCCCGAUCGGAGAAUCUCAAGAUCCACAAGCGCACUCACACCGGUGAAAAGCCGUUCAAGUGCGAGCACGAGGGCUGCGAUAGGCGAUUUGCUAAUUCAUCAGAUCGAAAGAAACAUUCACACGUCCAUACAUCGGAUAAGCCGUAUAACUGUCGUGUUAAUGGUUGUGAUAAAUCUUACACUCAUCCAUCAUCGCUGAGGAAACACAUGAAGGUCCACGGAAGUUUAGGAGAGAAGUCUCCAUCGCACAACUACGACAGUGACGGUGAGGAAUCGAGCUCAGAUAGUGUCAUAACCGGAGGGACGCAGACCCCGCCGUCGAUCAGCCGGCUGCAUGACAGUCACAGUUCGAGCAAACUGGGCAGUGAAUCGAUCAAUAACAACAACAAUAGCAGCAACAAUAACAACAACACGAAAUCACCAUCGACCAAUCAUCUGCUGUCACCGGUUGGAGGCGCCUCGACGACGUCCUCUUCGACAACGAACAGCGCCCUCUCGCAUCUAAGCCAAAACCAGCACCAUAACCUGCAUCAUCAUUCUCACCAUCAGCACUCCCACCACCAUCACCUUCAGAACCAUCCAAGUAGUCUGGGACCGCCUCAGCUGCAGCUCACACCAGCCUCCUCUGUUUCGCCGCAAGCUUCAACCACUGCCUCCUCGAUGCUCGUCGGACACCACAAUCAUCCCCUCCUUUACCACCACCCCCAGCACCAUCCCAACGAUUGGUACUCGGCAACGCCACCUUCCGGCCCAGACUCCAUGAACCCCCUGAACCACUUCAGCCACCAUCACCACCACCUGGUGCAUCACGGGCCUACUACGGCCUAUUGAGAGCAACUGUUGUUCGAUGAGCUCUGUUUCAACUACUGAAACCGUGGCAGCGCCACUGAGCUCAACCCCUUCCUGUCAGUCAUCGUGACAUCUCGCCACAUUCACCACCCAAACAGAAGCUCAUCCAUCCAACAAACUAACUUAAACUAAUAAAAACAAGGAUACGUAACUUUAAUAAGCAAAACCAAAAAACCAAAUGUAGCUAUUAGAGAAUCGUUAACUCAAUCCAUCAACUCACAUUGUAAAAAUUCGCGCGCCAGAACCGCAGAGAGGGAACCCACUUGUUGAAACUGUAUGUAGUCGUCAAGCAGAGACAUAGAAUUAUCCGCCAUUUUGUGCCUACUUGAGCUCUCCCUCUCUCUCUCUCAUUCAAGGUAGACAAACAAACAAACACUUAAAAUCCGAACAAGUCCAAAGUUUGAGUGCAUGAAACAGAGAAUCAUCCCACAUUUUCUUCUUCCUAGGCGAAAAUUUAUGUAAAAUAAAAAAAAACAAACUAGUGUAAAUAAAAGAAAAAAGGAAAUAUUUCAGCGAUGAAAAAUUCUGUGUGAUACGGACCGUUCCGUCGGUUCCAUUGUUCCCCUCGGGUAUCCUUUUUGUUUCUAUGGUAACGUUAAGCAUAAACGAAUUGUAAAUAAAAUUGAAAAACUAGCAGAAUUGCCAAUAAGCAGUGUACAGGUACAGCAGCAGGCUUAAGGAGAUAAUAUUGAGCAGCAGUUUUGUGUAAUGUAAUUUUGCGCCAGCCUCGGCGAAAGUGGCGGCAUCCAAGUUGACAGGUUUCCUUCGACGUUUCUCGCAUCAUCAGUCAGUGUGGGUGGUGGCGCCACCUACCUAGAUUAAACCAAGUGACAAACGGUGACACGUGUAAGUUUCCGUUUCGUUUUUUCUCUCAGUGUAGAUAUGUAGUUGGGGCAAUUUGGAUACAGAUGAAAGGCUUGGUGCAGAUGAAAUUAUAAUGAUUUUAUACAGUAUAAUAGUGUAUUUAUUUUAUUUUUUCACGAUUAUUGGUUUGGUACUUAGACUUGAACCGCAAGGUAGGUCCUAGUGAUCUGAAGGUAGGAUUGUAAAAUAUGUGUCAGAAGCAAGGAGUUUAAGGUUACGGAGUGAUGAAGAAAUUAUGGAACAUUUUUGGUUCAGCUGAAUAAAGUAUAUUUUAGAGUAGCAAUUCAUUGAGUAUCGGUGAAAUAGAUAUUUUAAACAAUGUAAUAA